AUGAGUAUAUAUGAAGACUAUGAGAAGAGGGCAGCUGUAUAUGAUAAACACAGGGUUGCUGCAGGGGCAGAUACACUCAUUGGAAUCUUACUCGGACAGACGAGGAAACCACUGUCUCAGCUUCAUGUGUUAGAUGCAGGAUGUGGCACUGGGAACUACAGUCUUGCCCUGUUGAAGGAAGGACUGGGGCAUGUAACACUCUUGGACGCAUCUGAGGGAAUGCUGCAUGUUGCAAAAAAGAAACUUCAAACGUUCAUUGAAGAUGGCAGGGCAGAGGUCAAACACGGUAUCAUGCCAGAUCUAGACUUCCCCGAUGAUACAUUUGAUGCUGUUAUGUUUAAUCAAACACUUCAUCACGUAGAGAACUCACCAAACUCCGAGGGAGAAUAUCUAAAGAUCUAUAAAACGUUACAAAGAUCAAAGCAGAUUUUGAAAUAUGGAGGAGUGAUAAUUUUCCAAACUACAACGCCGUGUCAGAUUAGAAACGCCUAUACAUGGCUACCGACUGAGGAAUAUCAAAAUAUAGAGUCUAAACUUGUUGGGAUUAGUCCUGAUAAGUUUAAGCAAUAUUUAAAGAAAAUCGGCAUGGAAAAUGUAGAGAUUGUGAUUCCUGCUUCAGCUACACUGUGGAAUAAGGAGACACAUAGAGAUCUAGAUGGACCGUUCAAGCAGGAUGUCAGGGACUCCAUGUCUUCGUUUGCAAAUCUUGAAAGGUUGGGACUUUUGGAGAAAUAUCUUGAGGACUACAAAACAUUUCGAAAGUCAAUCAAAAGUGACGAGGAGUUUUUGAAAGAAGAGGAAAUAUCUCGUCAGAAUUAUGGACAGACAAUGUUCAUUUUUGGAUGUUAAUCUUCAUUCUUAAACAUUGGCAAUGUUCACAAUGUUACACACCACAACUUAACUCGUUAUCCGAAAGGA